CGGUCAUUGGCGACCAAAAGGUUAACCACGUAAAAAGUGGACAAUCUUCACGUAUCUUCUUCUUGCCUGGGGCGUGCUUUGAAUGCGUCCCGUUACGUCGACCUCUCAAGACUGGUUUUAGAAAUGUGCACCUCCACUCACCGCCACUCGCCGACAGGACUCGAUCCCAGUACCAGGCAAGCAUAAACAUGAAGCAUCUACUCCUCCUCGUGCUAACGGUGGUGGCGACCUGUUGUGCCCAGCAGCAGUACUACAACCGCUAUGACAACGUCAACGCCGACUCCAUCGUCCAGAACGAUCGAGUGCUGCUCGCCUACUACAAAUGUGUUAUGGACAAAGGGCCUUGCACUAAGGAUGGAAGAAACUUCAAAAAAGUGCUCCCCGAGACGCUGUCCACUGCGUGCGCGCGCUGCUCUCCCACACAGAAGGUGAUCGUGCGCACGCUACUCCUCGGCAUCAGAGCCAAGAGCGAGCCGCGCUUCAACGAUCUGCUGGACAAGUACGACCCUGACCGCUCCAACCGGGACGACCUUUACAAGUUCCUGGUCACUGGCAAUUAGAGAUAAGAGCAAUAAAUUCUGGUAAAGAACUUGUAACAUGGCAAAUUGGCGAGAAAAAUUGACCAGCAAAAACAAAAGACGAGUGACGAGGGCAUACUUUUUUAUCACCGGCCAGUACGCGCGGUGGCUACAUCGUGCAGCAGGGCUAAGAUGGCCGGCU